AUGCCUCUUGCCAUUGUGAUUGCUGCCACGAAGAGCUGUAGGGCUGAAUUCCAUCCAAAAGCUUGGGCAGGAAGGAUACAGUCAGACAGAGGAGCAGAUCCACUGGACAAGGAGGACAUGAAACCCUCUACAGCAACCAAUCCGGAGAAUGGUCUCUCCCAGAUCCUGAGGCUUGUGCUGCGAGAGCUGAAUCUGUUCUACAGCCGAGAUGUGAAUGGAGUGUGUCUCCUAUAUGAUCUUCUCCAUUCCCCGUGGCUGCAGGCUCUGCUAAAGGUUUAUGAUUGUCUCCAGGGAUUUAAAGAAAAGAAACUUGUUCCUGCCACAACUCAUGCACAGACAUUAUCCUGUGAGGUAGUAGGGAUAUUACGUGAAACUCCUAAAUCCCCUGAGAUCCAAGAGCUGAAACAAAUCCUCCAGGAUCCACACUUUAAGGCCUUGCUCAGUGCCCAUGACACCGUGGCUCAGAAAGAUUUUGAACCCCUUCUCCCCCCAUUGCCAGACAAUAUCCCUGAGAGUGAGGAAGCAAUGAGGAUUGUUUGUUUGGUGAAAAACCAACAGCCCCUGGGAGCUACCAUCAAGCGCCAUGAGAUGACAGGGGACAUCCUGGUGGCCAGAGUCAUCCAUGGUGGGCUGGCUGAGAGGAGUGGGCUGUUAUAUGCUGGAGACAAACUGGUGGAAGUGAAUGGAGUUUCAGUUGAGGGACUGGAUCCUGAGCAAGUGAUCCAUAUUCUGGCCAUGUCUCGCGGCACAAUAAUGUUCAAGGUGGUUCCAGUUUCUGCCCCUCCUGUUAAUAGCCAGAAGAUGGUGUACGUUCGUGCCAUGACCGAGUACUGGCCCCAGGAAGAUCCCACCAUACCCUGCAUGGACGCAGGGUUGCCUUUCCAGAAGGGGGACAUCCUUCAGAUUGUGGACCAGAACGAUGCCCUCUGGUGGCAGGCCCGGAAAAUCUCAGACCUUGGUACCUGUGCUGGACUAAUUCCUUCUAACCACCUUCUGAAGAGGAAGCAACGGGAGUUCUGGUGGUCUCAGUCAUACCAGCCUCACACCGGUCUCAAAUCCACCAUAUCAAUUUCUAUGGAAGAAGAGGAUGACAUGAAGAUUGAUGAGAAGUGUGUGGAAGCAGAUGAAGAAACAUUUGAAUCUGAGGAGCUUUCAGAAGACAAGGAGGAAUUUGUUGGCUCUGGCCAGAAGUUCUUUAUCGCUGGCUUCCGCCGCAGCAUGCGCCUUUGUCGCCGCAAGUCCCACCUGGGCCAGAUGCGCUCCCGGCUGUGCGGCCCCAGCGCGCCGGGCGCGCCGUACGAGGAGGUGGUCAGGUACCAGCGCGGCCCGUCCGAUAGGCACCGCCUCAUCGUGCUCGUGGGACCUUCCGGUGUUGGAGUCAAUGAACUGAGAAGACAACUUAUUGAACUUAAUCCUAAGCAUUUCCAAAGUGCUGUGCCACAUACUACUCGCUCCAAAAAGAGCUAUGAAAUGGAUGGACGUGAGUAUCACUAUGUGUCAAAGGAAGCAUUUGAAAGCCUCGUGUAUAGUCACAGGAUGCUCGAGUAUGGUGAGUACAAAGGCCACCUGUAUGGCACCAGUGUGGAUGCUGUUCAAACGGUCCUUGAUGAAGGAAAGAUCUGUGUCAUGGACUUAGAGCCUCAGGGUAUUCAAGUAGCUCGAACCCAGGAACUAAAGCCUUAUGUCAUAUUCAUAAAGCCAUCUAACAUGAGUUGUAUGAAGCAAUCUCGGAAAAAUGCCAAGAUCAUUACAGACUACUUUGUGGACAUGAAGUUCAAGGAUGAAGAUCUACAAGAGAUGGAGGAUUUAGCCCAAAAAAUGGAGGCACAGUUUGGCCAGUUUUUUGAUCAUGUGAUUGUGAAUGACAACUUGCAAGAUGCAUGUGCCCAGUUGUUGUCUGCUGUUCAGAAGGCUCAGGAGGAGCCUCAGUGGGUACCAGCACCAUGGGUUUCCUCGGAUAGUGAGUGUUAAGGAAGCCUCCUGCUUAGUGCCGGAGUUUUAAUAAUACCCAUCUGUAACAGAGCUCUGGAAUAACAGCUGCAAAGCAAAACAACAGUAUUUGCUC